CUAGUCAAGCAGGUGUACUUUUCAGCUUCUAUUUUUGCACUCAUGUGUGAUAAAUUAUCGAAAUUCACCGGUGAUAAUGCAUAAUUUACGCCACAUCCCACUUACGACAAGCUUAAUCAAUAGUGCCAACAUCGAAAGCUCACCUGUUUCGUGUUGAUUAAAGCUUAGAUGAAAAAAAUCCUUCAAUUUCAGUGAAAUUAUGACACUGUUGUCAGUUGAUGUUUCAGACGCUACACUCGUAAAAACUCCCGAACAUUCCCACACGGCAACAUCGACUACUACAACUUACACAUUUUCCUCAUGCCGAGCCGACGAAGAAUGGAUUAGUGACUUAACAAUGCGCCACGUCCGCCUCCCGGGCCAAAACGUGAAAAAACUGCCCUCGUUUCGCCCCCAGAUUGGCGAUAGUUUGAACAAGUCUGAGGCCCCACAAAAUGACGCUUUGAAACCCAGUUGUUCGUUUAAAAGAUAUAACAUCAGGACUCGUAAAAAAGUGUCAUACAUUGAAAAUCUCUCAGUUAAAAAAAUCACCUACAAAUGUAAAGUGUGCAAUUUUAGCGAAAGAACGAAAAAGGUGAUGUUGAAACAUCUCCAGACACACGUCGGGGCCCCCUUGUCUUGUCUCAAGUGCAAGAAAACGUUCAAUGGGAGUGUUGCUUACACGUGGCAUUUGGGGCACUAUUGCAACCCCAUUUUCUACGACAAGUGGAAAUAUAAGUGUAGUUUGUGCCCCCGAGAAUUUGUCUCGAAGAGGACCCUCGCGAGUCAUUUACAAGGUCACAAAAGAAAUAAUUGCGCCUACUGUGAUAAAGUCCUAACUCGAAGAGUGCACUUAAUUCGACACUUGUUAGAAGUGCAUUCGAUUAAACUAGAAAGGGACACUUACAAGUGUGACCAUUGUGAAAAAAGGUAUAUAAAAAAGUGUUCUUUGUAUUACCACUUAAAACAGCACCUCCCCGACAAGUUUGUAUGUCUCGAGUGUGGGAAAGUGUGUGAAACGGUUGAAGAAAAUGACGAACACAAGAAACAACACGAUUUACAAAAACACUUCAAGUGUGCGAAAUGUGGUGAUCGAUUUUCACGACGACAACAAUAUUUAUUUCACUUAAAACGCCACAAUCAAUACAAAUGCGUGACUUGUAACGAAUUUUACGCCUCGAGAAACAAAGUUGUGAAACACAAACAGCAAGGGCAUGACGUUGAGGGGCUCAACCCCCGGUUUAUGUGCCCCCAUUGUCCAGUGGCGUUCCACCGCGAGAGCCGCUUCCAUGUCCACAUGCGAAAACACACAGAGGACCACAGAAGCAUAAAUUGCAAAUAUUGUAAGAAAACUUUCGCCUCGCCUUACGCCUACUACAAACAUUGUAUUACAAUAAACCACGAGAAAUUCAGUCCUGAAAUCAACGACAUUGCGUGUGAAAAAUGUGCCAAACAUUUCGCAAAACGCUACGACUUGCGACAACACAUGUAUCGAGUCCAUAACACGUCCAAAAAGUACGUUUUGUGUCAAUAUUGUGAGUACAAAACUGUACAUAAAUGCAAUAUGGACAGACACGUGGCGUUACAUUUCCGUAAAACUAAUCAAUACACGUGCGAAUACUGUGGGAAAAACUUUGACAGUAUUGCUAACUUGAACGACCAUAUUACCUACAACCACAUACAGACUAAACAAUUUAAAUGCGAUAAGUGUGACAAGUCGUUUAAACGAAAUUCGGAAUUGGUUCGACACCAGGAUAGCCAUUCGGAUGAAAGACCCCAUGUUUGUACUCUAUGUGGGAAGACUUACAAGAGGUUAAAUCAUUUGAAAAGACACGAAAAACAGGCACAUCAUAUUGUUAAAGAGACAAGAAAGAUUAAAAAUGUUGCAGAAGAGCAAAAAUCUGAGUCAAAUUGUGAUAAUUUACCCGAAUUGAAUUAUUGGAUUGACAGCGAGGACUUGUACAGGGUGUAUAAUGACGUUUCUUUGAGUUAUGGGAUGUGUGAGGGGCUGGACGGCGCAGUUUUAACACAAAAUGAGAACAAUUCGUGUUAAAAAUUGGGAGUUUUGUGGUCUGCAGUUGGUAGAAAUGACAAGUGAGAUAACAACCUCACAGAAAUCACUAGAAAACGUCGUUAUUUUAAUAGUAUACUAUUAAUAAGGUAGAGAAGAAAAACUUCGACAAACUAUAUAAUGCUACCUUUUAUAACUAGUAGUGAAAGAAGCACCGUAACUAGGGUUUUUCUUAUUCUACUAUUCUGUAAUUAUACUAGUUUUUAAGUAAUGCGAGUAAGAAAAAGAAGAGCAAAUAAAUUUUUACAAAGUAUGAAACCAAAAAAAAUUAUUUAUCCCAA